UGACUGGUACAGGAUCCCUUUCUCUACUCCUCACUCACUGACCAGGAUUGCACUGCUGCCAUGUCCGAUCUUGAUGCAACAUCAGCUUAAGAUUGUUCACCCACAAGACACUGAAGACACGAUCUCAUGCUCCCAUCAUUCCUGCCUAUGAUUCCCAUAUGAGAUUUAGCAGCACCAGGCAGAACUGGCCUGGACCACUGACUUUCAACUUCACAUAAGAAUAACAAGGACAAAAUCGAAGUUCCACGGUCAGAAAAAAAAGACUGUUAAGUACUUUAAGGACACAAACAAAGCUUUGUUUGUCUUGGAGCAGCUCUAGUGGCCUUUGUCAACAGCCAUGCAGGUGUCAUUUGCAUGUACGGACCACGGGCUAAAGGCCCCGCGUAAUGGUGAGCACAGCAAGCAGAACGCCACCAGCCCCAACACAGCCAGCCAGGCCCGGGCCCGCUUCCGGACCGUGGCCCUGAUAGCGCGCAGCCUUGGCUCCUUCACCCACCGUUACCACCACAACCUGAAGGAGUCCACCGCCAAGCUCACUGGCAUGAAAUACCGGAACCUGGGGAAAUCUGGGUUGCGUGUCUCCUGUCUGGGGCUUGGCACAUGGGUAACAUUUGGAGGUCAGAUCUCUGAUGAGGUGGCAGAGCAGCUGAUGACUAUCGCCUACGAGAGCGGGGUCAACCUGUUCGACACGGCUGAAGUCUACUCCGGGGGGAAAGCAGAGAUAAUCCUGGGAAACAUCAUCAAGAAAAAGUGCUGGAGAGCAGAGACAGAGAGAGGCCUCAACAGAAAACACAUCAUUGAAGGGUUAAAGGGCUCCCUCCAGAGGAUGCAACUCGAGUAUGUGGAUGUCGUUUUUGCCAACCGGCCAGACAGCAAUACUCCCAUGGAGGAGAUAGUGAGAGCAAUGACACAUGUGAUCAACCAGGGGAUGUCCAUGUACUGGGGGACGUCCCGGUGGUCCGCCAUGGAGAUCAUGGAAGCAUACUCUGUGGCCAGGCAGUUUAAUUUAAUUCCACCAGUGUGUGAGCAGGCAGAAUAUCACUUCUUUCAGAGGGACAAAGUGGAAACUCAGCUGCCAGAGCUCUACCAUAAGAUAGGCGUGGGUGUGGUCUCUUGGUCCCCUUUGGCCUGUGGAAUCAUCACCGGGAAGUAUGAGAACGGCGUCCCAGAAUCCUCCAGGGCCUCAAUGAAGCCAUACCAAUGGUUGAGGGAGAAAAUAAUGAGUGAGGAUGGGAGGAAACAGCAAGCCAAGCUAAAGGAACUGGCUCACAUUGCGGAGAAGCUUGGAUGUACUUUGCCGCAGCUUGCUAUAGCUUGGUGCCUAAGGAAUGAGGGAGUGAGCUCAGUGCUGCUGGGAUCCUCCAAUCCAAGCCAGCUGACAGAGAACCUUGGAGCCAUUCAGGUGAUUCCAAAGAUGACAGCAGGCAUUGCCACAGAAGUGGAUCAUAUACUUGGAAAUCGUCCUCACAGUAAAAAGGACUACCACCAUUAGGAUGGACCCUGUUUUAGUGAACUAUGCUCGGAAAAGCCUAUCAAAGCUCACUUCUCACAGCCAUGGCACCAUAAGUGCGUGCCCAACUUAGCUUGUGUGCGCGUAUGACUGUGUGUGUGACUGUGUAAAAGUGCUCUGCUUGGCUCCUUGUCUGUAUAAGGAUCAACCAGUACUCAUUCUCAUAAAGUGAGCUACUUGACUAAAACAUGCAUGCUACAGCUAUAGAAGCAGGCCACUGGAAGGAACAACAGUUAGAAGAUCCAGCAAGGUGAUUUCUGGAGGUGACAUUCUCCUCCGCUCCAACAAAACUGUGCAGAAGCUGCUGAACCACAAAUUUAAAGAAGCAAAAGAUUACAUUUGGGAGAAAUAGAUUACUGCACAAUCAAGCUGAUUGACACUAGCAUGGGCCAGUUAGUGAACUAUCGUGAGUUUCUGAUUUAGGGUGUCAGUGUAUCAAAAAGAGAAAACUUAAGAGGCAUUUAUUCUCCACAAAGUAUCACAUAAGCUCAUGGUCGUACAGUAAAUACAUGGAAAAUGUGUCACCCAAUGUUCAAGAAAUCUACCUUACUAGAUGUUUGUGACGUUUAAAUAAUAAAAAAACAAAAAAAUCAAUGAUGAUGUGUGUAAUUGGGCCUGGUCUCAGCAGACUGGAUGAUAUGCUAACUGCAGCUGGAGCUGACCUGUCAACGUGAUGAAUCGUUUCCGUACUGGAUGAACUGAAAUUGUGCUCACAAUGUUGUCGCUAAUACCAAGAGAGCUAAGUUAAACAAAAAAAUAUGUUUCAAAACAUCUGUACUGACUGUUAUAUAUUUCCUUAUUACGCAGCUAUGUCAUAGGCUAAUGAGCUUUUCAUCUCCUUGUGUUGUAUUUUUUUUUCCUUUUUCACUUAUGCAAAAGUACAGCAUAGUGUACUUUCCUAUUAUACCCUUCCAACCUCUUUUAAUUUGGACUAUGCCCGACUUUCUGUCAGUAAUGAUCAUGUCUGAUUCAUUUAAUUUCAGUCUGUGCUGUGGCUUAAACAUUUGUCUAGUUGAAGUUGGGAAGAUGAUCCUCCUGAGGGGGAGGUUGUGAAUUUAAAAACAAAGCCGUGUAGCUAAUGAAGACACUCAGUACAAUAAAAAAUAAAACCCAUAUGGACCCCUGCAGUCACUGCACCUGGAACACACUGAAUUCUUACCCAACUUCUCCCAGAUGCCCGUUUUACAUAAUGUGAUGAUCUUUGUUUUGUUCUGUCUGUUCAAACAUGUAUUUCGAUGUUGUUCAUCAGAUUUGUACAUACAAAUAAAGAGCUUAUAAUUCUAACGUGAUAUGUUUUAAAGCUCUAUAGUAAUUUUAUAUUAAUGUUAUGGAUGCCUUCUGAUUUUUCGCCCCUUAAAAACUGAAAUGACAAAGCUAGGGUAAACGUAUUGUUUGCUGAGUUACAGUGUAAACCUAGCCCGCAGUAUUAAAAAUAAACAAAACAACAACAACAACCUGUGACUUGAAACACUCUGGUGUAGUUAACGUUACUGCUGUUUGCUGUUGGGGUUCGUCUGUGUCUUCCUGUUUUAUAAUAAAAUAAGGUGUGAAUUA